AUGGAAUCAGAAAUCAAGGGCUUUAUCCCGGGCAUCGACCCGAUCCUCACAGAAUAUGCCAACGGCUACUUAACCCAUGCAUCAAAUGCAUAUGUUCCAGAUGCAGUAGAGAGCACAGGGCCGUCUCCUCUGGCCGAAGCAGCUACAUCCAUUACCGAGCUGCUGCUCUCGGCUUCUGGUGAUCCUUCCUCUGAGAACCAGAUCAAAAUCAGUCAGAUAGUCCAGAAAUGGGUGGACAAGUUCACCGCCUCUCAGGCGGCCAGUGGCCAACGUACCCAGCUGUCUUCCGCUGCAAAGAGAUUGGACCAGGCUAUUCAAGUGGGAGCUCAGAGAAACAUGUCAUCUACCUUAGGCAUCUCGACUACGGGUGUUGAUUUGGAGUCAGCAAACACGAGGAAGCUUGAGUCGAAGGUCGACAAGAAAAAGCUAGAGAAGGCCGAACGGAAAAUUGCCGCCAAGCAGAAUAAGAAGACUUUUAAGAAUGUCGAAUAUGAAGCUUCGAAACUGAUCAAUCAACCUGACGAUGCGCAGUCAUACGAGGAGUUCUUCAUGGCUGUAAACCCUCUCCAGCUUGGAUCAAAUGCCCAAGGACAAACGAAGAGCAAGGAUAUCAAAUUGGACAGUAUUGAUGUGUCUAUUGGAGGCUUGAGGAUUUUGACAGACACCAACUUGACUCUGGCCUAUGGACGAAGAUAUGGCUUGGUUGGUCAAAACGGUAUUGGUAAAUCUACGCUUUUGAGAGCACUCGCGCGCAGAGAACUCGCUAUUCCUACACACAUUUCCAUUCUCCAUGUUGAACAAGAGAUCUCUGGAGACGAUACGCCAGCCUUGCAGGCCGUAUUAGACGCAGACGUCUGGCGAAAGCAUUUGCUGGCAGAGCAAGUCAAACUCGGAAAGCAGCUUGCAGAAAUUGAAGCAGAAAGAUCGUCUAUGGCCGAUACUUCCGUUGAUGCAGAAAGACUUGAUCGCGAGCGUGAAGGUCUGGAUCAGACUCUAGGAGAUGUUCAGGGUAAAUUGGCGGAGAUGGAAUCCGACAAAGCCGAAUCGAGAGCUGCCACUAUUCUUGCCGGUCUCGGUUUCUCCCCAGAACGACAACAAUUUGCAACCAAGACUUUCUCUGGUGGUUGGCGUAUGCGUUUGGCUCUUGCACGGGCCCUCUUCUGCGAGCCCGAUCUUCUACUUCUUGACGAGCCUUCUAACAUGUUGGACGUCCCUUCCAUUACUUUCUUGGCCAACUACCUACAGGGCUACCCCAGUACUGUGCUCGUAGUCUCUCACGACAGAGCUUUCCUGAACGAAGUUGCCACAGAUAUUGUGCACCAGCACUCGGAACGUCUUGACUACUACAAGGGUGCCAAUUUCGAGUCUUUCUAUGCCACCAAAGAGGAGCGAAGAAAGACUGCCAAGAGAGAAUACGAGACACAAAUGGCCCAGCGAGCCCAUCUCCAAGCUUUCAUCGACAAAUUCCGUUACAACGCUGCCAAGUCUUCCGAGGCUCAAUCCAGAAUCAAGAAACUCGAAAAGAUGCCUGUUCUCGAAGCUCCGGAGAGCGAGUACACUGUCCACUUCAAGUUUCCAGAUGUCGAGAAGAUGUCUCCUCCUAUUGUGCAAAUGACCGACGUGUCUUUUGGGUACACGAAAGACAAGUUAUUGCUAAAGAACGUAGAUUUAGAUGUGCAACUUGACUCUCGAAUCGGUAUCGUUGGCCCCAACGGUGCAGGAAAAACGACAGUGCUCAAACUGCUCGUCGGCAAAUUGACUCCUACAUCCGGGCUCAUCUCUCAGAAUCCUCGUCUUCGGGUCGGAUUCUUUGCUCAACAUCACGUCGAUGCCCUCGACUUGAACGCCAGUGCCGUAAGCUUCAUGGCAAAGCAAUACCCAGGAAAGCAGGAUGAAGAAUACCGCCGACAUCUCGGUGCCUUUGGUAUCACCGGAAUGACUGGUCUUCAGAAGAUGGAGUUGCUAUCCGGGGGUCAAAAGUCUCGUGUCGCAUUUGCAUGUCUGUCUUUGACCAACCCUCAUAUUCUGGUUCUUGACGAACCUUCCAACCAUUUGGAUAUCGAGGCCAUGGAUGCCUUGAGUUCGGCGCUUCAAAAGUUUCAAGGUGGUGUUCUCAUGGUUAGUCACGACGUCACGAUGUUGCAGUCGGUGUGCACCAGUUUAUGGGUUUGCGACGGUGGAACUGUUGAGAAGUUCCCAGGAGAUGUACAGGCGUAUAAGAAGAGAAUCACUGCGCAGGCAGAUGCUUCAGGUGUUGCGGCAGCUCAUUAG